AUGGAUGCGGAAAUUACUGUAGAUGCCGCAGGCAUUCCUCUAUCUACUGGUGGCACUGGGGAAACAGUUCCCGUUCAGGCGCCAGUAGCAGUAGCUCCGCCACCUCCUCCCACUGCUGCCGGUCGACCACCAACAUCAUUACUUUUUUCGCGUGGAAAUUUAGUUAGCAGCCGCUUGGGAGGCGAUAAAGGAGCGCAAGCACGUCCUUCCACAUCUGUACGUGCCGUGGGCUAUGCAGCCAACAACAGCGGUUCGGCUGGGCAACGCUUUGAUCAGUUUUUCGUUGAAAAGGCCAAACAACAAACACUCUCAUCAGCCAAUGCCGCCGUGGUGGCUAAGAAAGAAGUGAGUCCCCAGGUGAAAUAUAAAAAUCUGGAAGCAAAAAUAGUGAAAUUACUGGAAUCGUCAAUUGUUUUAGCGGCAAAAGCGUCAUCGAAUCGUAAAUUCAAUGGCGAGUUGGGUGGUCAGGAGACGAUAACUUCGGAAAUGAAGGCUGCCGCAGCCGAAGCGCUCAACAAAGCCAAGGAGGCAUUUUCAUUGGAUCGCACGUUACACAGAUUCCGGGAUCAACAUGGUGAAAACAUUUUUCAUAAUUUCGAUCUUACCUAUGCGGUCUUUUUCAACCUGGCCGAGCAGUAUGAGCGCAAUGACAUGCACAUCGAAGCGCUAAACACCUAUAGCAUCAUGACAAAGAACAAAAUGUUUCCACAUGUGAAUCAGCUCAAACUGAAUAUGGGCAACAUCUACUAUCGCAUGGGUAUGUAUCCGAAGGCUAUUAAAAUGUAUCGAAUGGCCCUCGACUCGGUGCCGAACAAUCUGAAGCAAUUGCGCCUGAAAAUCACCCAAAACAUUGGUAUACUCUUCGUGCGUAUGGGCCAAUAUGCCGACGCGGCCGCCAGCUUUGAGUUUAUCAUGUCUGAGCGAGCGGACAUUCGAAGCGGCAUUCACUUAAUACUUUGCUAUUAUGCCAUGGGUGAUGUGGAUAAAAUAAAGAACACUUUCCGAAAUUUAUGUGAUGUCCAGCCGAUGGAGGCUGAAAAAGAUUUGGACAAUGAGAACAGCAUACUAAAGCUGCAACAACAUGUGGUCAGCGAACAGCAGAGUAACCACGACCGACAGCAGACACCGCCGCCCCACCAAUCCCAACGCAAUUUACAUCAUCAGAAUGGAUUCGAGAAUUCGCCAACGGCCGAAAUAGAGGUAAUCAAUAGCGCAAACGGUAAUGGCAGUGGCGGAAAUGGCGGUGUCGGUGGCAGCAGCAGCUUCAACAUCGAUGAUAAAAAUAACAAUACGAAUAAUAGCGGCGUCGGUGGUGGCGACAGUGGCAGCAACUUUACUGGCAAUGGUGCCGGCAACAAUGCCAACGACCAUCGCCCAAAGACUGGUUUAAGGCCUGUCGACCGUAAUGGCUACAUAUUUCAAUCGCUGAAAUCCGACGAGCUGGCAAUUUAUAUCAAGCAACGCAAAAACAAUGAAAAACGCGCCAUAACAAUGAUUGUCGAUUUAAUUUCUCCCAUCAUUGAGGAGAACUACAACGAUGGAUACAACUGGUGCAUUGAGGUCAUUAAAACGUCCAAUCUAUCAUGGCUGGCCAGCGAAUUGGAAUUGAAUAAGGCUUUGGUCUAUCUGCGUCAGAACGAUGUCAAUCAGGCAAUUGAAACUCUACAAAUGUACGACCGCAAAAGUGAAGGAUCCAUGACGGCCAGUGCGCUCACCAAUUUAAGUUUCAUUUACAUCAAUUUGGGCAAUUUAGAAAUGGCCACACACUGCAUUCAGCAAUUAAACGAAAUCGGAGCACUGCAGAGCAAUGCCAUGGCGUUGGUAAAUGCCAGCAUCAUUGACUAUCACAAACAAAAUUAUGUGGCAGCACGCAACAAACUCGAGAGGGCACUGCAAAUUCAGCCGGACAACUUUGAGGCCAAUUACAAUUUGGGCCUCGUGGCAAUGCAGGAAAAUGACUUAGCUCUGGCUGAGGAACAAUUUGAAAAUCUGAAGGCUCAGCUAAUGGUUCCGCAUUCGGUGCAGCACAGUCAUGUUUACUAUCAAUGUGCCAAGCUGCAAGAGAAGCUAAAUACGACAACUAUCGGCGGCAAUAACUUCAAAUUGAAUAACACUUCGACAGCGCUGCAAUCGUAUCUCCAGGUCUUGGGAAUAUCGGCUGGAGAAAUUGAUUCGCGGCUAUUUGAGAAAGUCGGUUCAAUCUAUGAACAGCUAAAUGAUCACCAAGAAGCCAAUCAGUACUACAACGAGGCAUAUCGCAUUAAUCCUAGUGACAUUAGUAUCGCAAGUUCGAUUGGAUCCUAUUACAUUAAGUUGCAAGCCAUUGAAAAGGCUUUGUAUUAUUACGAGAGAGCAGUCCUAGCCGAUCCCAAUGAUCCCAACUUAAUGUUACGCAUAGCUAGCUGUUUUCGAAACUCAUAUUUGCCACCCAAACAGUAUUUGGGAAUGUUUGAGAAAAUAUAUGCCCUAUUUCCGGAUAAUUUAAACUGUGUGCGAGCCUUAGUGCAGGUUACAAAAAGUUUGGGUAUGGCGGAGUUGAAUGAGAAAUAUUCACAGGAAUAUGCACGAUUGCAUAAAGCUCAAACGGAAAGAGAAAAUGAACAGCGUUAUCAACAACAACGAUUGUCAUCGGCUGCCUCAGGCAGAGUUGGAAGCAGCCGUUUACGAACUUAUCGAAACGAUCGAAUGUCGGAAUCGGAAAAUGGUCUAUCAAAUGCAAUUUCAGCCAAUUUCAAUGGUGAACAUUAUGUUCGUGCAACGGAUUCGCUAUAUACAGGUAUCACAGCGCCACAACAUACUGAUCCUUUGGGACCACCCCCAGAACGACCCCGUACCGGUGCCGUUAAAAAUGAUGCAACACCCGAAUCAGAUGACGAAGAGAUGAAUGCAGAAAGUUUAUUACCCAUAUAAAUAUUAAUUGCGUCAAGUAAACAAAAUAACAAUCAUUUUUGUUUGUCGUAAAAAAUGCAUUGACACAAUGAGUGGCAAAUAAAUGUAAUAACACUCUUA